AUGGCAGAUAAAGCGAUUGCAGGUACCCUGACAGGUUGUGUUGGCUGCAUGUUGCAGAUUGAAAUGCUUUCGAAGUCAAGUCCAGGUUGUGUAAAUCUUAUGACAUUCUCAACGUUUCUUUUCAUAUCCUUUGUUGGUCUUGUGCAGCAGAGUAAGUUCUUCACUGUCAUACCGAGGAACAGGGUCCCUUUAAGGAAGUAUAUAUUCAUCGUUCUUUUAUUUUUUCUGGUCAAUGUGGGAAACAACUUAUCGUUGAAUUUUGACGUAUCUGUUCCUGUAUUCAUCAUGUUUCGAUCAGGAACAUUGAUUGCCAACCUUCUUCUUGGUUGGCUACUGAGGAAUAGGGUUUACUCGCAUGGGAAAAUCUUUUCAAUUUUUUUGGUGACUUUUGGGAUAAUAACAUUUCUAGUGGCUGACAGAAAGGAAAGGCAGCCAGAAAUCAACACUGCGUAUUUCCCACACUUGAAGAACAUUGAACUUCCUUUUCCACCUUUGCUAGUCGGUAUGUCCAACAGAUUAUGUUUCAGG